AUGAUGACGUACAAGAGCUUGCACGCGCAGAUGAACAUCAUCUGCAUCAAAGACAUCGGUGUUGUUUUCGCAGAGGCGGUCGACUAUAAGGCGGAGACGAAGAGUGGAGAGUUCAUCGCCGGCAUCCUGCGACCGAUCAUCGAGAGGUACGGGCCGGAGCACGUCGUCGCGCUUUGCAUGGGUGGCGGCAGCAACUACCAGUCUGCCUGCAAGCUGUUGCAGAAGGAUUUUCCGCACAUCGAGGUCGUCCCCUGCGCCACUGACGUGUUGGACUUGCUGAUGGAGGAUAUUAGCAAGAUGGAGUGGGCGCAGGAAGUUGUCGACCAAGCCAACGACAUGAUCUCCUUCCUGCGCGUCCACCAGUUGUCUCGUCUAUGCGCCCUUCGCCCACAGCUGACGCAGAUGGUGCUGCACAAGGACUGGGGGGAAGAAGCCGACAGGGGAGUAGUUCGAGGGGUGGGUGAUGGAUGGGGCGUGGUGGAAGAAGGCGGAGUUCUUUGUGCAACUGAUGGAGCUGCCGUACAUGGUGAUGAGGAGGACGGAUUUGGCGGCAAAGGGGAUGAUGAGGGCGAUUUACGACAUCAUGCUGCAGGUGACGGAGGAGUUGGAUACACUGCUGGAGGGGACAGACUGUCGACUGAGCAAGGCCGAUAA